GGUUUGCCUCUACACGACCAUUGUUUUUGUCGUGUUUCCGGCCUGUGCCGACUUUCGGCCUUGGCAGGGGGCGUGCCGUUACAAAUCCUCACCAUGAGGAUUAGGCGCUCAUGUAAGAGAUAAACAAGCAAUACACAAUCAGUUCGGGAUCAAAUGCUAGCCCUAGUUCGCCUGUUUAUCCCAGUUUAUAGUUUGCAUAUCCCGGCUAAACUAUCUCCAUUCUGUUUGAAAGCUUGAUAUACGGCUGAAGCAUUCAUUAUUCCAUCCAAUUGGUCCUGUUGAAGCUCAUUUAGAUCCUCUCACCCACGAAAAAGCCACAUAGGCCGGAUUUACUGAGUGGCCUACCAAAUUACGCGCGUCUCCGGGAUCAAACCACCUUAACGAAUCCGCAUUCCCGCUUCCACCUGUGACGGCCCGAUCUCCUUGAAUCAUUCCGUUUCAACGUAUAAAGCACAUUGAUUGAUAUCCUGAUGUCGUCGCGCCCUGCCCAAUUGCCACAAGCCACGGCUUACACAAUGGACAGCGUCACAGAUAACCACACCGGGUUAAGCAGUCCAAUGGUUGUUAAGGAAUACAAUGAAAUCGGUAAAGGUGCCUUUGGUACUGUCGUUCAAGCAAAGUUGAAGUUUGAUUCCGCUCCUGAUACGCCUGACAGCUGGUACGGCCCUUUUGCCAUCAAGAGAGUUCCGGCACAAACCGAGUACAAAAGCAGAGAAUUGGAAACCUUAAGGGCAGUCAAUCAUCCGAACGUUAUCCAGUUGAAGUACUUUUUUGAUAAGCUGGACCCAAGAGACAAUAUUGUGUAUCAAAACUUGGUCAUGGAAUGCUUACCAUCGACCUUGCAAAUAGAAAUCAAGAACUACAGGGUUCACCAGUUGAUCCUUCCAUUAUCACACAUCAAAGUCUAUUCCUACCAAAUAGCCAGAGCCAUGAUGUAUCUACAUGCUCAGGGCAUCUGCCACAGGGAUAUCAAGCCCUCGAACAUCUUAAUCGAUCCAAAGACCUUGGUGUUGAAGAUUUGUGAUUUUGGCAGCGCCAAAAAGUUAGAGCCCAACGCCCCCUCGGUGAGUUACAUCUGUUCCAGAUUUUACAGAGCUCCGGAAUUGAUUGUCGGGUGUCAGAUUUACUCCACGAAAAUUGAUAUCUGGGGCUUAGGGUGUGUUAUUGCCGAGAUGUUUUUGGGCAGAGCGAUUUUCCAAGGUGAAGAUCCUUAUUUGCAGUUAAGAGAGAUCUCUAAGUUGUUGGGCCCACCGGGUAAGGAGUUCGUAUACAGAUCCAACCCAGGUUACGACGGUCCAACAUACAGCACGAAACUCUUUUCUUCGAGCAUCCCCACUAGAUUUGCCAAGGUCUUCAAUAAUGCAUCUACGGACGCUGUUGACUUAUUGAUGCAUGUUUUGGUUUAUGAACCGGAAUUGAGACCAACCCCGAGACGGAUCAUGUGCCAUCAGUUCUUUGACGAUUUGAAGAAUCGAGAAUUCAGAGUGCGCCCAAGGAACAGAACUGAUGAGUUGUCGGUUGAACAUUUAUUCCGCUUCAGUGACUAUGAGCUGCAGGUUUUAGGAUCCUUGACCUCACACCUCCAAUUGUAUUGAGAGGAAAAGAAAGUCCCGUGCUAACUCCUUGUUUUACUCCUAGUCUGAUCUUUUCGUUUCUGCUUUUUUUUAUUUUCCUAUUCUUUUGGUUCCUUUCAUCCGUAUUGUCUUGUGACUAUUUCCCCUUCACUUCUUAAGAAACGCCGUUUUAUGCAUUCUGCCUUACCCCAUUUAAUGAUUUCUCCUUGGUAUUCAUGGUACG